AGACAUUACGGCCUAUAGGAAGGCGUUUUGCGUAGGAACAAUUUAAAUACAUAUGUAGGUCAGAUAUACAUAUCAGAAAUAGUAGUGGGGGCCUGUAAGACCUACUUCUUCAAGUACCUCCUUACGGUAUUCACAUCGGAUGCUAUCAACAUUAUUAUUUACGAAGGCAGGAUAAAGGAGUAUUGUCUCGAUAAACAUAUUUGUGUCGAGCGCGGUACGAUGGCAAACCGAGAUGUUUACCAAUACCUUCCGGCAGGGUCUAUACGUUUAUUAUCAAUUGUCCCGGGGUUUGCAUCCGAGGCGAUCAACUGUAGUCUAGUCAUAGUGGCCGACGUAGAACAGGCGCCGACGUUUGACGCGAUAUCUUACGUUUGGGGCACCGAGCUAUCCGAAGAACCCAUCAUGUGUAAUGGCCAGAGGAUGACAGUCACAAAGAACUUGAUCGAGGCCAUGAGAUAUCUUCGUCCGCUUCCACGCUGGGACUCGGUUAUCACUUGGCCAGAAAAUCACCCUCUUCAUUCGAGUCGCAACGUUUGGCGUGAGUUCGCCUCCAACCGGCAAGAAGAGCGAGGGCAUUCCGACUUUCAGCAGGCAAUACCCAUCUGGAUCGAUGCGCUCUGCAUCAACCAAAAGGAUAACGCCGAGAAAUCGCUCCAUGUGAAAUUGAUAGAUAGAGUCUAUGCCAACGCCCAUACGGUCAAGAUAUGGCUAGGUAAAUUACCAAAUACUGCAUAUCCGACACCUCCGGAAAUGCAACUAUUACAAGGUGUACCCGUAUUCUUGACGCAACGGAGCAAGUCCAUCGGCCAGCGCGGGAAGAUGCCGGUCAUCCUCACGAUGAUCGCACAAGCGUUGAGGAACGUCCAAGCCGGAGAGAUUUACCCUACGGCAUCAAAAUCUGCCGCAGAUGCCGUCUAUCGAAAUUUAGUGCACGGUUUUCCUAAAGCGUCGGCUGAGGAUUGGCUGUACCUCCGCGAGUUCUUCGACAACCUAUGGUUCCAACGCGUUUGGAUCGUGCAAGAGGUUGUUCUCGCUCCACGAGCGAUAGCUAUCUUAGGAGACUGGGAGGUUCAAUGGACAGCCUUAGGGCAAGCGGCCACGUGGUUUCAGACACAUGGCUUUGCGUUGCCCACUAACGUUGAAUUUAAGGGAGAGCUAGGAGACCUUCUGCCAAUAUCCGAAGUGGCCGCGAUGUGGCAUAUGCAUAUGACGCCGGGGAAGAGAAGGCCCUUACUUCAGAUGCUACGGGACCUUCGAGGGAGGAAAGCAACUCUCAAAGAAGACAAGGUAUAUGCAACCUACAGUUUAGCAGAAGAGACUGCAAAUACAGACAGGCUCGACCCGCUAAUCGAACCGGUCUACGGUAAACCCAUCAAUGAAGUUUAUCAGAAUGUAAUUCGCUUCCUCCUGAUAGAACACGGGGAGCUUUCGGCAUUAUCCCAUGCCGGCGGAAUCCAAGGGCUAAAAACCACAGCGUGGCCAUCUUGGGUACCCGACUGGAGUCAGCCAAAAGCAUGCGUUGAGUUGGUUGGCCAUAAUCAGGAUAAUCCACCAUACAACGCAAACAGUAACCAGCAUCUGACUAUUGGUGAUUCUACCGACCCAGGAUGCCUUUCUGUCAAGGGAAUCAGGGUUCCCCUAGGUGGAAUAAGAGCGUACGGGGAUAAACUUGUAAGUUACGGAUUCCGAUACAAGACGUACAAAGAAGAACGUGACUUUGUUGGGGCGGCCUGGAGUUUAAUAGCACAUUGGAUCGACAAGGCGAAUAAUCUGGAAGAGAGGAGGCCAGAUAUGUAUCGACCAAAGAACAUACCGCAUACAUUUAUUUCAACGCUCACAGCAGGUCUCAGCGAUACGACACGGCCGAUCAAUGAGGAUCCUGACUUCCUCGACGAUGCAGCACAAUGGCUACUCCAGCAGCUUGGAAAGCGAAUACCGGUCUCAGGAAUCGGCCAAAAAUGGAAGUGGUCAGAUACUCUUUGGAAAUCUUCGAGCUCAAUCCGGUUCCACGAGGCCUUUACAAGGGCUUGCUUGCAUAGACGAUUUUUCAUCACGGCAGGAAAUUUGAUGGGGAUAGGUCCCGAAACAAUAGAAAGAGACGAUAUAGUCGUGAUCCUAUUCGGUGGUAAGGUGCCUUAUGUAAUCCGGGAGCUCGGUGAGGGUAAAUAUUCUUUCAUCGGAGAGUGUUAUGUCCCCGGUUUGAUGGCUGGGGAGGCUGUUGAACAAUGGAAGACGAGCGAAACCCAGGCGGAGUUUUUCGAUCUUGUGUAAGGAACUUUUUUACAGAUCGUUAGAUGCUCUUGGUAUCUGACCCCCCGCUCUUCGUAUUCGUUCAAGUAAACCAGCUCGGAUUUCACGAUGUAGUAUCCCGAAUCUGUCGAGAAAGAUGGAUUUCACUGCCUAGGCAUACUUCCUUAACACGUCGUCUCUAAAGAUGAGAGGUUUCUUCUCCCCGCUGUUGUAAAAUACGCGGAACUUUA